UUUGAAUAAAAAAUUCAGAAAUUUCAAGUUUGUCAAACUAAAUAUUAAAAAAAAUUAGAUUUUCAAAUAAAAAUUUAGACAAUUCAGAUAUUUUUAAAUAUUUUAAAUAAAAUAUUUUGGUAUUUUGUGUUUUUAAGUAUUGCGGUUUAUAAAUAAUAUUUUUAUAUUUUUUAAUUAUUUUAAAAUUAAAUAUUAAUAUCCAUAAAUAUAUAAAUUAUAUUAUAGAAAUUUAGAUAUUCAUUCAGUUUUUGGUCCAUUCUAAUUUUUUAAUUAUAGAAAUAUAAAUUUUUUUAUUUGGUAGGAUCCAAACCAAACAGAAAAUUUUCGGUUUGGAUAAAUGUGUCUAGGCUUAUGGUUCAAAUUGCACGACCGAAGAUCAUAAUCAGUCGAACUUGAUCUGUCCACACACAUCAAUGGCGAACGAGAAACUCCACGAAAUGUCGAGACUAUCCUCUCAAAUCUGCAACCAGAUCUCCUCCGUCUUCUCUAACCCCACGGAUCCUUACCCACCGACGCUUGAUCUCCUCGUGACGGAGCUCACCGGAGUCUCCCGCCGCGGCGCUCGCGUCUUCCUCCACGGCGUCGGACGCGAAGGCCUCAUGCUCAAAGCCUUCGCGAUGCGUCUCUUCCACCUCGGCCUCUCCUCUCACUUAGUCUCCGACAUGACCACGCCUCCGAUCUCGUCUCCCGAUCUCCUCAUCGCAUCGGCGGGUCCCGGAGGAUUCUCAACCGUCGACGCGAUUUGCUCAGUCGCGAAAUCUGCCGGCGCUAAGGUUGUGCUCAUCACUGCGCAGCCGGAGACUGGUUCUUGUGUGAAGCACGCGACGGAUGUUUGUUAUGUUCCGGCGCAGACGAUGGCGAGUGACGGCGGAGGUGCGACGGAGAAGGGAGAGAGGCCGUUGUUGCCGAUGGGGAGUGUGUACGAAGGAGCGUUGUUCGUGUUGUUCGAGAUGGUUGUUUACAAACUGGGUGAGGUUUUGGGUGAGUCCCCUGAGUCAAUACGGUGUCGUCACACCAAUUUGGAGUAGGAACGUUGCGUUGUUUUCGCGUUUCAGUGUGUAAAUGCUUGCUGUUUUGUUUGUAUUACAUGCCACGAGUUGUUUUGGCAUUCCGGUUGAGAAAUGUUUGCUGCCCGAAGAAUUCAUUUUAUCAACCAUUCGAAUAAUUAAUAAUUUCACUUUAAUAUUAUUCAUCUUUUUAUUCCAAACGCUUUGGUUUUUAAGCGACAAACAUAAAAAAAAAAAAAAAAAA